AUGCUGCCUGUGCAUCUAUUCCUGGUGGGAGGGGUGAUGCUGAGCUUCAGCACAGCCAGCUCACUUGAUUGCGAUGCAUCUUGGAGCCUGUGCCCACAGAGCCGCGAAACCGCGCGCUUCUUAGCAGAGCUGAAAAGCGUGCCGGCUCACCAGUGCCUGCGGGACAGAACUGAUUUCCGCUGUCCCUGGAAGAAAGGACCUAUCACUCAGGUGAAGAUGGAAGAAGCCACCAGUUGCUACUCCCAGAUGCUCAGGCAGGUCUUCAACCUCUUUGACUCAGAGGCCAGCAGAGCUGCCUGGCCAGAGAGGGCGCUUGAUCAACUACUAAGUAGCCUGUGGAGUGAGCUGCAAGUGCUGAAGAGGACAAGAGAGCAGGGCCAGUCCUGUCCACUGCCUUUUGACCUGGCCAUCCGCAUCUACUUCCGAAGGUUCUUCAGCUAUCUGGAGGGAAAGGCACGCAGCUCUUGCUCCUGGGAGGUCGUCAGAGUAGAAAUGCAAGCGGCUCUUUCAGCAUUCCCACUGUUUGGGAGAAGGAGCCCCAAGAAGUGGAGGAGCUCCCUGUAG